AUGUCCCAUUACCUCAGACACCUGUCUAAAAAGGACAGUAUCCUGUGUCCCAUUACCUCAGACAACCUGUCUAAAAAGGACAGUACCCAGUGUGCCAAUACAUCAGACAAUCUGUCUAUAAAGGACAGUAUCCAGUGUGCCAUUACCUCAGAUAAUCUGUCUAUGAAGGACAGUAUCCAGUGUCCCAUUACCUCAGACAACCUGUGUAUAAAGGACAGUACCGUUUGUCUCAUUACCUCAGACAACCUGUCUAUAAAGGACAGUAUCCAGUGUCCCAUUACCUCAGACAAUCUGUCCAUAAAGGACAGUAUCCAGUGUUCCAUUACCUCAAACAACCUGUCUAUUAAGGACAGUAUCCAGUGUCCCAUUACCUCAGACAACCUGUCUAUAAAGGACAGUAUCCAGAGUCACAUUACCUCAGACAACUUGUCUAUUAAGGACAGUAUCCAGUUUCCAAUUACCUCAGACAACCUGUCUAUAAAAGGACAGUACCCAACAACCCCCAUUACCUCAGACAACCUGUCUAAAAAGGACAGUACCCAGUGUGCCAAUACAUCAGACAAUCUGGCUAUAAAGGACAGUAUCCAGUGUCCCAUUACCCCAGACAACCUGUCUAUACAGGACAGUAUCCAGAGUCCAAUUACCUCAGAUAACCUGUCUAUACAGGACAGUAUCCAGUGGGCCAUUACCUCAUACAACCUGUCUAUAAAGGACAGUAUCCAGUGUUCCAUUAAUAAAGGACAACACCUGUCUAAAAAGGACAGUAUCCAGUGUCCCAUUACCUCAGACAGCCUGUCUAUACAGGACAGUAUCCAGUGUCCCAUUACCUCAGACAGCCUGUCUAUACAGGACAGUAUCCAGAGUCUAAUUACCUCAGAUAACCGGUCUAUACAGGACAGUAUCCAGUGUCCCAUUACCUCAGACACCCUGUCUAUACAGGACAGUAUCCAGAGUCUAAUUACCUCAGAUAACCGGUCUAUACAGGACAGUAUCCAGUGUCCCAUUACCUCAGACAGCCUGUCUAUAAAGGACAGUACCCAGUGUGCCAAUCCAUCAGACAAUCUGUCUAUAACGGACAGUAUCCAGUGCCCCAUUACCUCAGACAACCUACACCUGUCUAAAAAGGGCAGUAUCCAGUGUCCCAUUACCUCAGACAACCUGUCUAUAAAGGCCAGUAUCCAGUAUCCAAUAACCUCAGACAACCUGUCUAUAAAGGACAAUAUCCAGAGUCCAAUUACCUCAGAUAACCGGUCUAUAAAGGACAGUAUCCAGUGUCCCAUUACCUCAGACAACCUGUCUAUAAAGGACAAUAUCCAGAGUCCAAUUACCUCAGAUAACCGGUCUAUAAAGGACAGUAUCCAGUGUCCCAUUAGCUCAGACAACCUGUCUAUUAAGGACAGUAUCCAGUGUCACAUUACCUCAGGCAGCAUGUCUAUAAAGGACAGUAUCCAGUUUCCCAUUACCUCAGACAACCUGCCUAUAAAGGACAGUAUCCAGUGUCCCAUUACCUCAGAUAACCUGUCUAUAAAGGACAGUAUCCAGUGUCACAUUACCUCAGACAACCUGUCUAUAAAGGACAGUAUCCAGUAUCCCAUUACCUCAGACAACCUGUCGAUACAGGACAGUAUCCAGUGUCCCAUUACCUCAGAUACCCUGUCUUUAAAGGACAGUAUCCAGUGUCCCAUUACCUCAGAUACCCUGUCUAUAAAGGACAGUAUCCAGUGUCACAUUACCUCAGACAACCUGUCUAUAAAGGCCAGUAUCCAGUAUCCAAUUACCUCAGACAACCUGUCUAUAAAGGACAAUAUCCAGAGUCCAAUUCCCUCAGAUAACCGGUCUAUAAAGGACAGUAUCCAGUGCCCCAUUACCUCAGACAACAUGUCUAUAAAGGACAGUAUCCAGUGUCACAUUACCUCAGACAACCUGUCUAUUAAGGACAACAUCCUGUCUAUAAAGGACAGUAUCCAGUUUCCCAUUACCUCAGACAACCUGUCUAUAAAGGACAGUAUCCAGUAUCCAAUUACCUCAGACAACCUGUCUAUAAAGGACAAUAUCCAGAGUCCAAUUACCUCAGAUAACCGGUCUAUAAAGGACAGUAUCCAGUGCCCCAUUACCUCAGACAACCUGUCUAUAAAGGACAGUAUCCAGUGUCACAUUACCUCAGACAACCUGAUCCAGUGUCCCAGUAUCCAGUUUCCUCUGUCUAUAAAGGACAGUAUCCAGUGUCCCAUUACCUCAGACAACCUGUCUAUUAAGGACAGUAUCCAGUGUCACAUUACCUCAGACAGCAUGUCUAUAAAGGACAGUAUCCAGUGUCCCAUUACCUCAGACAACCUGUCUAUAAAGGACAGUAUCCAGUGUCCCAUUACCUCAGAUACCCUGUCUUUAAAGGACAGUAUCCAGUGUCCCAUUACCUCAGACCUGUCUAUAAAGGACAGUACCCUGUAUCCCACUACCUCAGACAACCUGUCUAUUAAGGACAGUACCCAGUAUCCCAUUACCUCAGACAACCUGUCUAUUAAGGACAGUAUCCGGUAUCCCAUUACCUCAGACAUCCUGUCUAUAAAGGACAGUAUCCAAUGUCCCACUACCUCAGACAACCUGUCUAUUAAGGACAGUAUCCGGUAUCCCAUUACCUCAGACAUCCUGUCUAUAAAGGACAGUAUCCAGUUUCCCAUUACCUCAGACAACCUGUCUAUAAAGGACAGUAUCCAGUGUCCCAUUACCUCAGACAACCUGUCUAUUAAGGACAGUAUCCGGUAUCCCAUUACCUCAGACAUCCUGUCUAUAAAGGACAGUAUCCAGUUUCCCAUUCCCUCAGACAACCUGUCUAUAAAGGACAGUAUCCAGUGUCCCAUUACAUAA